AUGGGCUCUGUGUUAGUGUGGGUGGGUGGACUGUCUGUCUGGGUAGGACCUGUCUGCAGCAGUGUGGGACCACUGAAGGUUGAACGGCUGCCCUGCACUUGUGUAGGAAGUAACAAAGCACCUUACACAGUUAAGAAUCGUAAAUGGCAGCAGUCUCCUUUUUGCUACAAUUCUGAAAUACUGAGAGCCAAGUUCACAGGCAGUAAAAGCAAGGAUGGUUCCAACGAGGGAUUCGGGUCCGUGGAGAAGGUCGUGCUGUUAACUUUCCUCUCAGUGGUUAUCCUGAUGGCUAUCCUUGGCAACCUGCUGGUCAUGGUGGCUGUGUGCAGGGACAGGCAGCUCAGGAAAAUAAAAACCAAUUAUUUCAUUGUGUCUCUUGCCUUUGCCGAUCUGCUGGUUUCGGUGCUGGUGAUGCCCUUUGGUGCCAUUGAGCUGGUCCAAGACAUCUGGAUUUAUGGGGAGAUGUUCUGCCUGGUCCGGACCUCUCUGGAUGUCCUUCUCACCACAGCAUCGAUUUUUCACCUAUGCUGCAUUUCACUGGACAGGUAUUAUGCCAUCUGCUGCCAACCUUUGGUUUACAGAAACAAGAUGACCCCUCUACGUAUCGCAUUGAUGUUGGGAGGCUGCUGGGUCAUUCCCAUGUUUAUAUCCUUUCUCCCUAUAAUGCAAGGCUGGAACAACAUCGGCAUAGUUGAUGUGAUAGAGAAAAGGAAAUCCGACCACAACUCUAACUCUACAUGCUGUGUCUUCAUGGUCAACAAGCCCUACGCCAUCACCUGCUCCGUGGUGGCCUUUUACAUCCCAUUUCUCCUCAUGGUGCUGGCCUAUUACCGUAUCUACGUCACUGCUAAGGAGCAUGCCAAGCAGAUCCAGAUGUUACAACGGGCAGGGGCGACCUCUGAAAGCAGGCCCCAGUCUGCUGACCAGCACAGCACACAUCGCAUGCGGACAGAGACCAAGGCAGCUAAGACCUUAUGUGUCAUCAUGGGCUGCUUCUGUUUCUGCUGGGCCCCCUUCUUUGUCACCAAUAUUGUGGACCCUUUCAUAGACUACACUGUCCCCGAGAAGGUGUGGACUGCUUUCCUCUGGCUUGGCUAUAUCAAUUCAGGGUUGAACCCUUUUCUCUAUGCCUUCUUGAAUAAGUCUUUCAGACGUGCCUUCCUCAUCAUCCUCUGCUGUGAUGAUGAGCGCUACAAAAGACCCUCCAUUCUGGGCCAGACUGUCCCCUGUUCAACCACAACCAUUAAUGGAUCCACACAUGUGCUAAGGGAUGCAGUGGAAUGUGGUGGCCAGUGGGAGAGCCGGUGCCACCUCACAGCAACUUCUCCUUUGGUGGCUACUCAGCCCAGUGAUACUUAGGCCCCUGGGACAAUGACCUAGAAGACAGCUGUGGCGCAAAAAGAGGCCAGCCUUAAGCUGCUGCUCACAUGUAUGUGGCUGUGGUUGGCGCUCUGUUCUCCAAGGCUUUCCAAGAGCAGGCGGCAAUGCGCACUGGACUUUUCGGCCAGGAUUCCGGCAGGUGGUGAUCAAGGGAGUCAGGGGAGAAAAGAGCUUCCUUGUUCAUUUGUUUUCUUUCUCAACGUUUUCUCUUCCUAAAGUCCCUGCUCUUGCUUGAUGGCCUCUGAAAUCCAGUACCUAGUCCCCUUCCUGUUCCAGUCUGUCUUGCAAGCGUUCGCUGUGUUCUAGUUUCAGUUUCCAAAUACACCUUUUUUGAAGUGUCAUCUUACAGAUACUGUCAAAACAUGUGCCUGUCUUAAUUGCAGCUCUUGCUUGGUCAUAUCUACCGCAGCCUGUGUUCAAACUCUGCAGCAUCCUUUCUUUGCCCUCUUCUGCGCUGGGCACCUGUGCACUUCCUUCCCUUUGUCGGUGUAGGCAUGUUUCUGCUUGGCCAGCCCUGUGUCGGUCCUGGAGCUCUGCUUUCUUUUUCCUGUGUUCAGUCCAGUGUCAAUGUGCUCUUCAGGACAGGCUCUGUUCAUUUGCCAUUGGAGACACAGAAGAGAGAUAUGUCCAUGGAAAAUGGUCUCUGCAGAAACCCUGGAGGGAAGCCAAAGACAGCUUCCCCCAGUGCCAGGACCAGCUCUAGCUCAUCUGAGUAAAUACCUGAAAUAUUUACUUUCCUGUCAGCUAAGAUAGAAUACCCAAAGAGCCUUAGGCAGGGCUGGUGGCACUGUGAGUGUCUACUAAGAGACUCGGGGAUCUUUUUGAUGAGCCUGUGACAAAGUUCACCAUGGUUCCAACUCCAAACCUCUGAAUAUGGCUUUGCUGUUUACAGUGGACAGAACUGAUGGAUGCUGACCCUGUAGGGCCUUGUUACCAUUGCUGUCUUUUAGGUGGAGAAGUUCAGAGUUCAGAAAUGAUAGCAAUGGGAAAACAAUAUCUCACUCCAAGUCAGAGGACCCAGAUGCCAGCCCUGGCCCAGCUUCUAAAAUGCUGUGAGACCAUGAACGAUG